AUGCCACAAGGUAUCUCCCCUUCGAAGAAAAUCUUCGAUAGCUCCGAUUUAGUAAGAUUCAGAAAGUCAAUUGCAUACAAGAAAAUUCACUGGAUUCUUGAACAGGUGAUUGAGAAAGUGAAAGGUUGCGAGGUUCCACCGGGAAUAUUGGACGUGGAAUUGAUCACUAAAACUCCAAGAAGUACUCCCAAUAGAGGUAGGAAUACGGAAGCUAACACAUCGACAACACUCCCUCCACCUGAAAGUGUUGUUGAAGAUCGGCCAGCACUGAAAAAUGCUAACUUCAACGGUAUACUCAAAAUCUUGAAUCAUCUCAACUCAUUGAUCGACGAGACACCUCCAAAGGAGGGUCCCAGAAGAUUUGGUAACUUGGCAUGUAGGAUUUGGCAUGAUAAAGUAAACGAAGGAUUGUCUACCAUAGUAGAAGAAAAUAUAUCGAUUCCUUCGGCAUCAAUAGUAGAGACAUCCUACUACCUACAGGAAGCUUUUGGCCUGUCGCUCAGGCUUGACUUUGGAACCGGUCAUGAGCUUUCCUUUUUGGCCUUUGUAGGAUGCAUAGAUGGGCUUGUAGAGUCAUUGACUGGUCCAGAAUUAUUAACAAUAUUUGCUAAGUAUUAUAAUGUUGUUCGUAGAUUAAUCCUAGAAUACAAUUUGGAACCUGCGGGAUCUCAUGGGGUGUGGGGGCUAGAUGAUCAUUUCCAUCUUAUUUAUAUACUAGGAGCUGCUCAAUUCAACGAAAAUAAGAAUACGGGAAAGGCAUCCACAGGACUAGCUACUCCUCCGGUAUCGCUGGUACUAACAUUGCGUGUUAUUGAUCAAUUUAAGCUUCGAAAUCUCUAUGUCAGUGGGAUUGCCUUCAUAUAUAAGAUCAAGCUGGGCCCCUUCAACGAGCAUUCGCCAAUUAUCUAUGAUAUACACACGACAGUGAUACUUUGGUCAAAAGUUUUACAAGGUCUAAGAAAAAUGUACGAAGUUGAAGUUCUUGGAAAGUUCCCCGUCGUGCAACACUUCUGGUUCGGAAAUAUCAUGUAUCCCUGGAGAGAUAUUGAUACAAACAAGGACUUGCCUGUCUUUGAGAAAGAAGAGGAAGAGACGCCAUUGGAGCCGGACUUUCUAAAUGGAACCGGCGUAAUGACUACAAGGAAAAACAUCUCUAUGACAGGAGCGCCUUGGGCCAGAAGAUAA